AUGCCGCCGUGUUUCGUCAUUCAUGCCCCUCCUGCCGUCUUCCUGAACCAUAAUUACGCAGCUCGUCGGCCGUUUGUCCCUUCCCCACGCGCACAGAGACGUCCCGGCUUACAGGACGACGAGGGGCGCGGCGGCGAGCAGGCCGACCAACAGGUUAGGCGCGUUGGUCGGGCCGGCGUUGGGGGGAGGAGGGCGAGUGGCUGCCGUCUGCGAGGCGGAGGACGUGGCAGACGAAGAGGAGGAAGAGCUGCUGCUGCUGUCGUUGCUGCCGGCGGUGGCGGACGACCCGCCGGACGAGUCGGUCGUCGGCGUGGAGCCCGCGUCGGAGGUGGUGGCCGGGCCGAGAGAGUAGCUGGUCGUGGCAUCGUUGCCGGUGCUGUCCGACGAGGUAGCGCCGCCGCCGAGGAUGUCCGACGUGGUGCGUCCGCCGACCGAGUCGCUCGACGAGGGGGAGCCGUUGCCGCCGCCGCCGCCGACGGCGCACUUGGUGCCGCCCUGGGCGCACGUCGUGCCGGACUCGCACCAGCGGCCCGUCGACGUCUGGCAGCACUGCCCGCUCGAGGGGAUGCAGAACUGGCCGCACGACUUCUCGCCCGUGUCGCAGGAGCCGCUGCCGCCGCCGGUGCACACCUUGCCGAUCUGGCAGCAGCCGCCCGUGACGCAGUACUUGCCGACCUUGCAGUAGGCGCCGUUGCCGACGGAGCAGCACGAGCCCGUCAGCGGGAUGCAGUAGUUGGAGUCGCACGACUUCUCGCCGAUCUCGCAGCCGUCGUUGAGGGCGAGGUUGACGCCCAGGCCGUUGGCGGCGACGGGGUUGCGCAUCACGCUGAAGCCGGACAGGUCCGCCGCGGCGGCCAUGCCCGCGAGGGCGAGGAUGAGACCAGAGGCGACCAUGAUGGAAGAGCUUUUCUCACAGGCUGA